AUGGACAGAAAACAAUCAAAUAACUCAGAUGUGCCGCAGGAGCUGGAUAGACCUGGAAAAUUGAUGGUGUCUGGAAUCCCCAAACGGGAAGACUAUACAGAGAAGGAAUUAGAAAAGGUGUUUACCCAGUUUGGUCGCUUAACAGAAGUGCAUAUAGUCCGAGACAAGCGAACCAAUAUUCCGAGAGGAUUUGCAUUCGUCACAUAUGAGAAUCCUAAAGAUUCUCUGGAUGCCAUUAAAGCUGUGGAGGGAAAAGAUUUAGGAGGAGAGAAUAAAGUGCACUGUGAACAGGCUAAAAUUGGCCACAAGUUGAGUAUGAUGAGGAAAACUCAAGACCCAGGGGCUAGAGGUGGUGGAGGUAACGGUCAUGGAAUGGGCAGAGGGAAUGAAUCAAAUCCAGGUAGAGGAGCUGCCAGAGGUAGAGGCAUGAUGGAUAGAGGCAUGGCAGAUCGAGGUAGAGGCCUCAUGGAUAGAGGGCAGAGGCUUUUGGACAGAAGCAGAGGCCUGUUGGACAGAAGCAGAGGCUUGUUGGAUAGAAGUAGAGGCCUGAUGGGCAGAGGUGGAAUGGGCAGAGGGGUCAUGGAAAUGCCACCGUUGGAGAGGGCUAUGUAUGAUCCCGAGGGCUUUGACUAUCAAGAGGAAGAAUUUUAUGAGGAGUUCUAUGACCUAGAGCCGCCACAGAUGAGGUUUCCACCCAUUGGAGGUCCUGGAGGCCACCCCAUGAGAGGGGGCCCGGCAUCUAGGGGGAGACAAAUGGAUCAAAGCUCAGUGCCAUUUAGAGGUAAAAAAGGUCUCCUGCCGGACCCACUAGGACGGGGAGGUAGACCUGGCCCAAAUCAAGGAUCACUGCUGGGUCCGCCCCCAGAUGAUCUUUACGGGGAUGAUGCAAAUGAGGCAGAUUACUACGGCGAUCAAGGAAAUCCAUUUGCAGAGGGUCAAGAGGAACCUUAUCCGGAAGAGGAAGACUACCCUUCUGAAGAAUAUUAUGAGCAAGAGUGGAGUGCACAGCCUCGAGGGAGAGGUGCUUUAAUCUCUAGGGGUAGGGGUUUGAUUUCCAGGGGAAGGCCUCAGGCAAGGGCACCAAGACAGCAGCACAUAGAUGAGUAUGAUUAUGAAGCAGAAGCUGCAGCGGCUCAAAGGCCAAGAGCACAAGGUGGAGGUCCUCAGGCAUAUGACGAAGACUUGUAUGAGGAAGAGGAUCCCCGGCUGUCUGGGGGUGCAUCAGAUCCCUACAGCCGAGGGAGAGGAAGAGCUCAGGCCUCUGCAGCACCAUCAGGACGUCCUGGGGCAGCUCCUGUCAGAAGAGCCGGCCCCCUGCUGGAAGCAGAUCCAUACGGAGAUGAGGAUUCUGGUUUGUAUGAAAGAGUGCCUCCGGGUGCGGCACUGAGAGGUGGGCCACGUGCACCAGCUGAGUACGAAGAUGAACCUUAUUCUGAUCCUUAUGGGCGGAGAUUGCCUGCUGAAGCUUCGAGAUUGCCUGCUGGUGCUUCAAGACAACCCGUGGCGGGUAGACCUAGGGCAGCAUUGUUGUCCUCUGAUUCUGUGGGGGGGGGGGCUGAUGAUUAUCAGGGCCCAGGAGGUACAUCCACGCCACAGGCUAGGGCAGCUUAUCCAGAUGGAAGGAGACCACCUGUGAGGAGAGCGGCUCCUGACCUGGGCAUGGGAGAAGAAAUGUAUGACAGGAUGGCAUCAUCAACCAAUGAGGCUUAUGCCUCCUUCCCGCCAAGUUCCAGAGUUCCAGGGAAUCUCUUCAGUGACCCAUAUAGCCGGAAGAGACCAAUAGACCCAUAUGAUGAACCCGAAAUGGGUGGUCAUGGAAUGUCUGCAGUCUUGCGAGAGUAUGAAGAGUUGAGAUCGGCAGCUCUAAUUUCUGCCAAAAGAGACAGACCAGGUGAUCGAGGUGGCUAUGAUCCAUUCGGAAGACAAGAAGCGCUGUAUAGAGGGGGUUUGUAA